UCAAAACUGGGGAUAUUUGAACAUGGUAGAAUCAAGAAUGAAUUGCAAACGAAUCUUUCGUAAAUCGUGGAUUUUGAUAUGUUCCGGUGACUUUCCGGACGAUAUAUACACCAAAUAUGGUGGCUAUCAAAUGGGCGAUAAAGAUCCGUACAGUGUAUUCCAUUUGGAGUACAAACCAACCACAUUUCUAUUAGUCUUUCACAACAGAGAGUUUUUCAAAUGUAUAGCGCUGGAUUUGAUAAAUGUAACCACAUCCGAAUGUCUGCCGCAAUCCGGAGCGCCAGAGAUCAUUUCAAAUCCAAAUAACCAAAUUACAUGCGUUAAUCAUGCCUUUCUAAUGGCCGAUGAAUUGGCAUCCGCGUGCACCACCAGACAACUGCCGGACAACGAUUAUACAGCCAUUCUCUAUGCGAAUGAGGAGAAACAGUCUUUUCUCCACAUCAACGAGAACAGCAGAUGCUCUUACUUUGGCUUGAAUAAUUGGAUGUUGUUGUUGCUGCUGUGUCUACUUUGGUUGUUUAUUAUCUUUCGUCUCAGAUGAUUGCUCGAGUGUUGGCAAGAUGACAUAAAUACAUCAUAUAUUUAAAUAA